AUGGAUAACUUCAAUGACGCUUUCAUUAAAAACUUCACAACAAUUGCCCUGGGUGUAAUCAUCAACUACAUCAAUGGAACCUUUGUGUAUAUUUUCUUCAAGAGUCAUAUUUUCUACAGUGACCCGAGGUAUAUUCUAUACAUUCACCUGGUGAUCAACGACAUGAUUAUGUUGUCUUUUGCAGUGAUGCUACAGGUUAUAACAUAUGCGCUUCCAUAUGGCCUGAAUAUGUUUGUUUGCUGUAUGAUGCUUGUAAUCACAAGCACAACCAACAGAAACAGUCCAUUGAACUUAGCAGGCAUGGCCAUAGAGCGCUACAUUGCUGUCUGUAAGCCCCUGCUCAGUGACAUCAUCAUUGUGCUCGCUACUAAACCAUUCACAAUUUUUUCCACAGGCGUUCUAUGUUAUAACUAUGCUGUUUAUGGUUCCCCAUAUCAUGAUGCUACGUCCACGGCGGUCCAUAUUGUUAACCUGUCAUUUGUAUUUCUGACAUUGUUCGUUACUUAUUUUAAGGUCCAUUUUGCUGCAAAAGCUGCCAUAACAGACCCAGCGUCGGCUCGAAAGGCUCGUAACACAAUAUUGUUACAUGGGGUUCAGCUUCUGUUCUGCAUGCUGGGGUAUAUCACGCCCCUAACCAAUAUGAUUCUCUUGUCUCUCUUCCCAAAUAAGCGAACAACCAUUCUGUUCUCAAAUUUCCUUUUCACCAAUGUUUUGCCACGUCUCUUAAGCCCAGUGAUUUACGGUUUAAGAGAUCAGAAAUUUGCCAAGUAUAUGAGAGCAGCCGAAAGCUUCAUCUCCCAGUGGGCAGUAGGAUACAUCCUUCCCCAAAUCGAUGACCAUAAAUUUGGCUGGAUCAAGGGUCAUUCCACCACCCACUGCCUCUUGGACCUUACCAACGAGCUGUACAAGCACUCCAAUAAGCCUGGCUUCAUCUGUUCACUGGUCACCACUGAGUUUAGCAAGGCCUUUUAA